AUGGGCUGGCGCUGGUGCUGCUGCCUCGUGGCCCUGCUGCUCCUCUUGGCCUCGGCGCCGGGCAUCACCUUCUCGCUCCUGCAGUACCGCUAUGACUGCGGGGACUACGGCAUGCAGCUCCUGGCAUAUCCCACGCGAGGCCGCACCGUCCGCUUCAAGGUCCUGGAUGAGUUCGGCAGCCUCUUCGAAGUGGCCAACUGCUCCAUCUGCCUCCACUGGCUCAACACCGGGGUGGAUGGAGGGGUGAGCUUCUCCUCUGGCUAUGAGGGCUGCCACGUCCUGGUAAAGGAAGGCCGCUAUAUCCUGAGGGUGCGGAUGGAAGAAGUGCUGAUCAGCGGGGUCAUUGCAGCCUCUUACGAGGUCAACAUGACCUGCCCACAGCCGGCUGACUACUAUGUCCUCAUGGACGGGAACAUGCGUAUCGAGCAGGAAGGGAAUGACAUCCAACAGAGCCAGGAUGGUGUCCUCGCUCCCCAGCCCCAGCCUGGCGUCCUGCACCAUGUGUCCCAGUCCGCCUUAGCUCUUCCUGGGCACCAGCGGCCGCGACAAACCCAUUCGGGCCAGGCCCACUCCUUGGCUCAGCCCCAGCCGGGUCUGGUGCAUCCUGGGGUUCAGCACCAAUCCCAAUCCAGCCAGGUUCGCCCAGGAGUUCAGACCCAAUCCAGCCUGAUUCGCCCAGGGGUUCAGACCCAGUCAGGAAUAGUACGCCCAGGAGCUCAACCUCAAUCCCAACCUGGCCUAGUGCACUCGGGCGUUCAGCCCCAGCAAGAACCAGCUCGUCCUGGGGUUCAGUCCCAAUCCCAGCCAGGCCAGGCUCGGCCCCUUGCUCGGCCCCAGCCAGGUUUGCGUCCUGGCAUCCAGCCUGCAGCCCAGCCUGGCCUGCUAUACCCUGGGGUUCAGACCCAGACUGGCCUCCUUCGCCCUGGAGCACAGUCCCAGGCCCAGUCUGGCUUCAUUCGCCCUGGAACACGGCCCCAGUCCCAAUCUGGCUUCAUUCGUCCUGGAACACAGCCCCAUGCCCAACCUGGUGUUGUUCGCCCUGGCAUAUGGCCCCAGUCCCAACAAGGCCUUGUUCAAUCUGGAACACGGCCCCAGUCCCAACAAGGCCUUGUUCACUCUGGAACACGGCCCCAGUCCCAAUCUGGCUUCCUUCACCCUGGAACACAGCCACACUCCCAGCCUGGCCUAAUACACCCUGGUGUUCACACUCUGACAGGUUUAGUGCACUCUGGCAUUCAGCCCCCAAACCAACCGGGCUUGGUUCACCCCGGCCUUCAGACCCACUCCCAGACUGGUUUACUACACUCUGGUGUCCAGACCCAAACCGGACUAGCUCACGCUGGCUUUCAGUCCCACCCAAGUCACAUGCAACCAGGUGUCCAGACCCAAGCUGGACGUCCUAGCCAACACCGACCGAGUCUCGUGAGCCCUGGGCUUCACCCCCAGUCCCAACUAGGUCUAUCACAUCCUGUACUUCAGCCUCAAACCCAGCCAGGUCUAGCAAGCCCAGGAUUUCAAGCCCAGCCUGGUUUGCUGCGCCCUGGGCUUCACUCCCAGCCUGGCCUACUUCAGUCCACGGCUCUCUUCUACCCCUCCGCAGGGGCAGGUGCCCAGCUGACGCGGGAGCAGUGCCAGGUGGCCACAGGGAGGAUCCCCUGCGUGGCCCCGCAGGGCCGCGAGGGCUGCCUGCAGGCGGGCUGCUGCUACGACGACAUGGACCGUGUGGCUCCCUGUUAUUACGGCAACACAGCAACUGUCCAGUGCCUGCUGGAUGGGCACUUCAUCAUUGUGGUGCCUCGGGGCCUGUCCAUGCAGCCCUACAACCUGGACAGUGUUCGGCUGGCCAGCGACGAGGGUCACUGUGAUCCCGCCAAGGUGACGGAGUCUUUCGUGAUGUUCCGGUUCCCUGUAACUCAGUGUGGUACCACGGUCCAGGUGAUCGAAGACCGGCUGAUUUAUGAGAACCAGCUGAUCUCUACCAUCGAUGUACAGGCAGGACCACGUGGCUCCAUCACACGGGACAGCGUUUACAUCCUCCACGCUCGCUGCAUCUACAACGCCAGCGACCUCCUGCCAGUCCGUGUAGAGGUGGCAGUGCCUCCCACCGCAGAAGCCCUCACAGAGCCCGGGCCCCUGCGGCUCCAGCUGCGUGUUGCCACAGAUGACAGCUACAGCAGCUACCAUGAGGAUGGCGACUAUCCCCUCGUGAAGGUGCUGAGGGACCCCAUCUACGUCGAGGUUCGCCUCCUGCAGAAGACAGACCCCAACCUGGUCCUGGUCUUGCACCAGUGCUGGGCGUCCCCCAGCACCAGUGCUACGGCAGAACCCCAGUGGCCCAUCCUUGUGGACGGGUGUCCAUUCAUAGGGGACAACUACAGGACCCAGCUCCUACCUGUGGGUCCGGCCUCACAACAGCUGCCCUUCCCAAGCCACUAUCAACGCUUCGUUGUCUCCACGUUUACCUUUGUGGAGUCCCCCUCCAUGGCCAUGCUUGAAGGAGAGGUGUACAUUUUCUGCAGUGCCUCCGUGUGCCACCUCGCGCAGCCAGAGCCCUGCCGCCCCUCCUGCCAGCUGGGAGUGCCAUCAAGAGCCCGCCGGUCUCUGGGUGACAAGAGGACACCAGAGCCCAUGGACAAAGUCGUUUCUCAAGGACGCAUCAUCUUCCAGGAGAGCCCCAAGCUGCAGCAAGGCUGAGCUCA